CCGCGAGGGGAGGCGGAACCCUCGCUCCGGGCUCCUGUGGCCGCGGUGCCUUUGUGGGCCCGGACAGCAGUCAGCGGCGGCGGCGGGCCGGGUAACGCUGCCCCGGGCGCCGGCUGCGGGGUGAUGGCCGCGACCCCCGGUGGCUCCCUGCCCUGGCCCUGCUUGGGAGCUGCCUGUCGCUGCCGCCGGGCCCGGUGGGACGCGCCGCGAUGAGGCUGCUCCUGCUGGCCUGUCUCAGAGCCCAGACGGGGAACGCCACCACCGCGGGCAGGAUACAGGAUCAUCUAGAAGCUGUGGGUCACAUAUGCAGUCUUAAGGAUGCUUUUGGCUAUGAGAACCCAUCUGAAAUAGCAAAUCUAAUCUCUGCAGAGAAGUUUGAAGCGGCUCUGGCCAUUCAUCUUUAUAAAGGAGGCAGACUUCUGCAAGGUAGUAGGAUUCCUUUUGGAAUCAUCUUUGGUGGGACGGAUAUAAAUGAAGACAUCAAACAUGAAGAAAAACACCGGGUGAUGGGGGCAGUGUUAGAAGAAGCCAGGUUUGCAGUGGCUUUCACAGAGAAAAUGAAGGAACUGGCAGCAGCAGAGUGGCCAGAUGCUAGAAGCAAAAUAUAUAUCCAAACUCAAGGAAUUAUGACCACACCCAGUGCAACUUUUAACUGGAAGAGAUUUCUACAAAAUGCAGGGAUUCCUCAAGACACAGAAAAUGUACGCCUGUUUCUUUUGAUAUGUGGACUUAGAAGAGUCAAGGACCCUCUUUAUUUAGUGGAUGUAUUUUCAGAGUGGCACAGAAGAGAGCCCCAUAUCCACCUUGUUAUAAUUGGACCUGCAGUUGAUCCACAGUUUACCAGUGAAGUCAAUGAAAAAGCUAAUAGGGCACCUGGGGUACAUUUGUUACAGGAGAUACCUCAAGAUGAUCUUCACGCUGCUGUGAAAAGAUGCUUUGCAGUGGUGAACAGCUCCAUUUCAGAGGGGAUGUCUGCUGCAAUCCUGGAGGAGUUUGUCCAGCUCUCCAAAAGUCUGAUGAAUGACCCCAGUUUGGAAAGAAAAAUUGUGACAAAGGCAAAAGCGUAUGUGAAGAAACACCACUCAUGGGAAUGUGAAAGAGAGGCCUAUCAAAAUCUUGUCCUGAAACUCCAAUGAAUCAUUGGGUAUCUAAUGUGGAAAGUGAUCUUAUUCUGUAUCACUUUAAUGAUGGCACUGUCAUUGAUUAUUUUAAAGAAAAAAAAAUCCACACAUUAUGAACAUAUUGUUCCACUCGACUGUGCCCAAUUUACAAACAUACUGCAUCAGACUGGUGAUCCAUCCAAUUCACCAUCCUGUUUCCAAUGGUGGGCGGCUCCAGUGAAAUCAAAAAUAUGUCAAUUUCUUAAUAUUGUGGGAUCAUAUGAGCCUCAAAAGAGGGCUAUUCCUUGUGCACAGGGGUGGAUUUCAUCCACAGUGAAUUCAUGCAAACUCACUUACUGUGUUGUAGCCUGACAAAGCUAAUGGAGAUUAAGGCAUUUACACUCAACUUUAAUUAUCUGAAUUUACUCAGAAAUAUGUCAAUGAUAAACAUAACGUCGUAAGAGAGGGUUCAUCUCUAUUUUGAAUGAUCAAACAUAUAAAUGCAUUAAGCACGUUAGCCAGGCCUACAUGAUCUAAAUUUUAAAGGGGAAGAUCAUAAAUUAAUCACAGGACUGGCCCUUUUAUCAAGAAUGUAACUGGCUGGAGCUAAUGAGCAAUACAGACAUGGAUGCUUUCUAGCGUGAAAAAUUGUACUCACCGUUUGCUGUUUACAUAGUCUACUUUAUUUAUGAUUUAUUGGAAGACAGCAGCUACCUCUUAAAAACUACCAAACUUCAAGGACCUCACAAAUGGCAGAUGUUCUUACAAAAGAUGGAUGGAGGCUAUAAUGAGGAGCAACGAUGUAAUUUAGAUUUGGUAUGUAAUUUGGUACUUUUGUCAUGAGUGACUCUCAGGAGUUAUUAUUGUGAACUUAAUGUAACAGGAUAUUGUAUUUUAAGAAGCGCUGCUAAUGCCCACACGAAGCCCAAAUCAAUCAUUAUUGACUGCUCAGCAGUUAAAGUCGUAUCUUGGUUUUCCAUAAUCUCGUGUCAACAAAGGCUGCUAUUUAUAAAACACGUACAGUGUUUACAAUUUUUAAACAUCUGUUUUUGGGAAACUCUAAUUGCUGUAUAUGGGCCUGAUCCAACCCCCACUGAAGCCAGUGGGAAUCUUUCCAUUGACUUUAAUGGGCUUGGGAUUACCCCCUAUUUGUGUUAAUGAAUUUACUGUGCAUGUUGGCUUUCCAGUUGACCUCUUGGUUGUGUUGCAAAUGUUUAGUCAGUAACCCUGAAGAAAAAGAGUAAUUUUAGUACCCUGCAUUCACUUCUGAGACCUUUUCUAAUUUUCUAUUGUAAUAUAUUUGGAGUGGUUUGACUCAGUUGGUACUGUCCUCAAUAGCAUGGGACAUUGCAAACCAUGGGGGACAAAACUGGUGUGACUUCAAGAGUUAUAACUGCUAUGCUCUUUCUAUAUAUGUUCUCGUCCUCUUAUAGUUUUGGUAAAAAACAGCUUGGCUCAGAGGGGAAGGAAAAUAAUCUAUUAUAAUAGAAAUGGAAAAAAAGGAAAAGUUGAUAGCAAUGCAUAUAAAUUAGAAGCUAGAAAGUAUGGGAAAUUAUUAAGGGAAGCAAAAGGACAAGGAGAAAUCUGUGGGAAGUAUAGUCAAAUAAAAAUAGGAUUCCUUUUGUUUGUUAUAUAAUUUAAAAAACUUAACAGUCCUAGGUAUUGGUUCAUUACUAUAUGGAUAUGGUAGAACAGUAAAUAAUACAGAAAAAAGCCAAAGUGUUCAAUCAAUAUUUCUGUUCUGUAUUUGAGGGAAAAGAGAUGAUGUAUUUAUAUCAUAUGAUGAUAGAUUUUCCAAUCACAGUAACUAAGGAUGAUGUUAAACAGUCGCUGUCUAAAGUUAGACAUGUUUUAAUCAGCAGGUUCAGAUCACUUGCAUCUAUGAGUUUUAAAAGAGCUGGCUCAGGAGCUCUAUGGAUCAGUAAUGUAGAUUUUCAGUAAGCCUUUGAACAUUGGGGAAUCUCCGGAGGACUGAAAGAAAGCUAAUGUUGUGCCAAUAUUUUAAAAAGGCAAGCAGGAUGACCCAGCUAACUGUAGGCCUGUCUACCUGACAUUGAUCCAAGGCAAAAUAAUGGAACAACUUAUAUGGGGCUCAAUUAAUAAAGAAUUAAAGGAGGGUAAUAUAAUGAAUGCCAAUCAAUAUAGGUUUAUGGAAAAUAAGUCUUGUCAGACUAACUUCAUAUCACUUUUUGAUGAGCUUGGUUAAUAAAAGUAAUAGUGUUGAUGUAAUAUUCCUCUUAAGGCAUUUGACUUGCAAUCACACAUCAUCUGGAUCAAUAAACUAGAAUGAUGCAAAAUCAACAUGGCAUACAUUAAUUGAUUAAAAAGUGGUUAAAAUGAUAGCUCUCAAAAUUUAAUUGAAAACUGGAAAUCAUCAUUGAGCAGCUAUGGGGGUCCACAAGGAUCGGUUUUUGGCCCUAUGCUAAUCUUUUUAACCAAUGACUUGGAAACAAACAUAAUAAUUACUGAGAAAGUUUGCAGAUGACACAAAGAUUGGGUGAGUGGUAAAUAAUUAAGAGGACAGAUCACUGAUCGAGAACAGUAUGGAUUGCUUGGUUAACUGAGCACAGGCAAACUAUACAUUUCAACAUGGCUAAGUAUAAGGCCAUACAUCUAGGAGCAAAGAAUGUAGGCCAUCCUAAUGGGAUGGACAACUCUAUCCUGGGAAGCAGUGCCACUGAAAAAGACAUGGGCAUCAUGGUAGAUAAUUAGCUGAACAUGAGUUCCCAGUGUGGCCAAAGGGCUAAUGCGAUCCUUGGAUGUAUGACCAGGGGAAUUCUUGAGUAAGAGUAGAAAGUAAUAGUAAUGCUACCUCUGUAUUGGCAGUGGUGCGACUGCUGCUGGAAUACUGAGGCCCCAGUUCAAAAAGGAUGUUGAUAAAUUGGAGAGGGUUUCAGAGAAGAGCCAGGAGAAUGAGUCAAGGAUUGGCAAAAAAACAUUCCUUAUAGUGAAAGACUUAAGGAGCUGAGUCUAUUUAGCUUAUCAAAGAGAAGGUUAAAUGGGUGACUUGAUAACAGUCUAUAAGUACCUACAUGUGGAACAGAAAUUUAAUGAGCAUGCUCUUCAGUCUGCCAGAAAAAGGUACAACAAGAUCCAUGGACUGUAGGUUGGAGUUAAAUCAAUUCAGACAGGAAAUAAGGUGCAAACUGUUAACAGUAAGAACAAUUCCUCAUUGGCACAACUUUGGAACAUCCAUUGGAUUUAGUGGCAGUUUUUAAAUUCAGACCGGAUGGUUUUCUAAAAGAGAUGUGGUAGUUUAACCAGUGCUUUUGGACUUGAAGCAGGAAUUAAUACAGGGAAAUCCUAUGGCCUAGAGAAAUUCAGACUAGAUGAUCACAAUGGUCCCAUGAAAUCAAUUAUAUAAAUCUCUUUCUGGGGGCAGUUUGCCACCACGUAGAUGCUGAGAAAUAAUUAUGUCAGCAUGAGUUCUGAGUUUAAUAGCCACCAGCUACCACAUAUUGUUUAACAGAUUUUAAGCCUGCAAUGAAUCUUGACCUAUCAGUUACUCCUGGCUAUUCUUAUUUCAGACUGUAGGCCAACAUUGCUGUGGGCUGCUCCAUUGCCAGUCAUUGGUGAGGUAGCUCACCAGGCCACGAUCUCUCUUUUAGCCAGUCCCUGACUUCUUCCACAGGAAGUAAUGCCCGAAGGAGGAGUUUAAGAGGAAACUCUUCCAGGCAACCACAAGGGGGUAUAUCCUCAGGUGGUAUAAAUGGACAUUGCUCCACUGACUUCCAGUCUCCCAGAACCAGCUCUCACAGGACUUCCUUGUCUGUAUUUCCUUGAUCCUCCACCUGCACUACUGUGACCUAUGAGACACUGUUUUCCGCUCCUUCCUACAACACAAGUUGUCUUUUGACAAAUAUGCAGAAGCACGGUCAUUAAAACAAACAAGUGGGCUGGAGUUCAGCUCCACUGCUAAGUACUGAGUUAAUGGUGUGAUGAUUAGAAAACUUGUUUGAAAUGCAACACACUAAUUGCCAAAUAUCAAGCAACUUUCCGCCUUGACAAAUUGUACCUGAAUAAGCCAUUUGCAGUACUUCCAGCAAAAAAUGUGUUCAAGUAAGAAAUUCUGUUAAAACGUAAUUAACAUGCAAUUUUUCAUGCAGUGUUUAAUCUAUAUAUAUGAAAAAUGCAUCUGGGAAAGAGAGCAAUACACUCAUUUACAUGGGAUAACCGUGCAGAAAAAAUGAAAACAAACAACCCACCUGAAACAUACAUAUUAAAAACUA